UGCCUUCAGCUCGCCGCCGGCCGGAUCUCUGCUGCACAGUGCGCAGUCUCUGCGGUGCAGACGAACGUGUGAGCGCUCCUGAGCGUGAAGGAUCUGGAUAUUUGAACUCUCGUUGUUUGCUGUGUGGCAGCCGGCGGACGGAACUUUACGCAGCUAAACAGCAGGUGAGUCGACGAGGCUGCACCUGGGGGAUAAUUCUCAAGCCACUUUGUAACUCCACUUGUUGAUGGGCCACGGACAGGCUGUCCCACUAGUCACACCCCGGAGAUAUUCUUAUGCGUAAUUUGGAUAAAACCCCCUGUCCGCCGGCAGGGAGGACGAAGUUUUAACCUGUGAGGCUUUGUGGCAGAUGGCGGUGAUGUUUGGCGGCCGGUAACGGCUCUCGGCAUCAGAUCGCAUUACACAGGCUGCUACCAGGUGAGCAGCGGCAUGGGGAACCAGAUGGACAAGCUGUCACAUUUAAGUUACGCGGAAGUUCCGACAGUGGACCCGAACGGCGUGGACACGGAGGACGGUCCGCGGAUCGGGGUCUCUUACAUAUUUUCGAACGACGACGACGAGCUGGAGGACGGCUGUGCGGUCGAUGGCACAGACAGGGACCCGAAUCAGGAAGAGAAGCACUACGACCAGCGCGACGAGGUGGAGUGCGCCGUCUACAACAGAGACGAAUGCAUUUACGAGAAGAGCGUCAAGUCAGCCAGCCUGGAGGUUUACUCCCCGGAGAAUCUGCUCAACAAAUGUAAAGCGGGCGACUUGGUGGAGUUUGUGGCCACGGGUCAGUACCCGCACUGGGCUGUGUACGUGGGGGACUUCCAGGUGGUGCACCUGCACAGGGCUGAGGUGAAAAACAGCUUUCUGACGGAUGCAAGUCAAGGGAGGAGGUGCCGGAUCGUGAACGACUUUUACAAAUUCAAACCCCUGGGUCCGGACAUGGUGGUGCAGAACGCGAUGGAGCAAGUGGGCUUAAAGGACCGGGAGCUGAGCUGGAGGAACUCCGAGUGCUUCGCAGCCUGGUGCAUGUUCGGCAAGAGGGAGUUCAAAAUGGGUGGGGAGAUACGGAUAGGCAAGCAGCCCUACAGGCUGAAAAUAUUCAUGUCCGACAGGCAUGCGCACGUGCUGGAGUUUCAGAGUUUGGAGGACAUGAUCAUGGAGAAGAGGAGGAACGACCACCUGGGCAGGACAGCCGUGUUGCAGGAGCUGGCCACUCACUUCAGCAGCGUGGAGGAGAUCAAAAGUGAGCCUGGCGCUGACUGAUGGCUGCCCCCUUUUGAUGCUCUUCAAAAUAACUGCUUUGCAAGUAGAGUAGCCUUUACCAAACAAACUGUUACACCCUGCUUUAAUCUAUAGCAAGCCUCCACUCCGUCCUUUUAGUUUAAAUUGGAGCCCACAUGUCACCCUUUCUACUUUAAUUAUGGUUCAUGUUUUCAUGAGUCUAUAACAACGUUAUUGCCUUAAAGCCACAACCCUCAACAUCCUCUGAUGCUCAAUGGCCUUAGCAAUUAUGAAUUCAAUUAUCUGAGAGACAUGGAGUCGAUUGUAUCAGGCUGAAUUGUUUGUAGCUCCACCAGCCCCUCCGCCCAGAAUGUAUAGUUUUUUAUGAAAGCUUUGCCCGCCUGUCUUAAAGUGUCACGACUCUGCAAGCAGAGUGAACGUUUCUUUAUUCAUAGCGUGUCCUGUUACUCGAUCCUUGUGUGGUUUAACUUCAUCCCUCAGCUCACGCAGACAGCAGAGCAUCAGGGCUGCUCGCCGCGUACGAGAAGGAUUUCUGUCCGCCUUUGAGGCUAAUUCUCACACCAGCACGUCUGAAGAAAAUGAUGUUUAGCUGGUCUGUGCUACACUGAUCAAAGUCUGUCUUAACUGUACCCAAAGGUCAAGUAAACCGUCCGUGUCUCUUUUUUGAAACGAGUCCUCUGUCACGUUGUUUUAACUUACAUGCCCAAGAAUAAGAUUUAGCUGAAUACACCAUUUUUGUGUGGUCAUUUAAUGCGGAUCAUCUGUGGAUUUAAAAUGCUCCUCCUGUCGUCUUCAUGUGUGUCUUAGAAAUGAGUAUAAUUUGAUGGGUUUGAGAGGUUAAUUGUUUUGACCUGCUGCAGAAGACACAUUUCUUAAUUGCAGUCAAAACAGAGGAAAUAAGAUUUUAAUUAUUUGCUCUAUUGAAGUAAGUGAUUGGUUGAUUUUUCUUCUCCUUUCAUUUGUCUGACUUUUACCAAAGAAACAAAGUGCUGCUCACUCCUGAACACCCGCCUCCUCAUCAGUCAACUCUCUGAAGGAACAGAGUGGCUAGUUCUACUGCGGAGCUUAAACAACAGGUCGACUAAUCGAUUGGUCGAUAGACAGAAGCAUGAUUUGACAACUAUUUUGAUAAUCGCCAACCGCUUUAGGCAUUUAAGAAAAAAUGUGAAAAACUUCACCAAUCUUUUUCAGGAUUUUCUGCUUUUCUGUUUUAUAUCAUUGUUAAAUGGAUGUUUUUUGUCACCUUGAUUUCUGAAGGACUGAUGGGCUUUUUUCCCACUAUUUUCUGACAUUUAUUAGACUAAACCGCUAAUCAAUUAAUUAAAAAAUAAUGAUUAGAUGACUCAAUAGUGAAAAUAAUGGAUAGGUGCAGCCAUAUGUAAUCCCACAGUCCGUCACUGUCAUUGGGUAAGAGAUUGCGAUGAUUCCAGGGGCCAACAUCUGGAGAGAGACAUGCAGAUUGCAUGCUAUAUGCAAUUUGUUCUUUGUGUCAGACUUGCCCACCUUUUAUUCUUCAAAUGCAAUGCAAAGUGCAGGCAGCAUAUCACCAGGAAGUUGGGGUGUUCACCCCUGUCGUAAGAAUCCAGGAACCGCACAGCCCCUCCCAUAGAUCUUUGGUUCCUGAGCAAAUAUUUUGGGAGCGGUUGAGGGUGACGGUCGCUUGCCAAGAGCUUCAGUCAUCGUCAUGUUUACUGUUCAGUUCAUUGACUAACCGGGGGCAGUGCCUCAGGGCAGCACGACUUCUUCAUCCUGUCAUGUCGGACUGAAGGCGGAUUGGAUGCUGCCACUUCUUGAGGUACAAAGUGGUAUCACGAGACAGGAUGGGCUACCUGGUUAGCAUGCUGCGUUCACUAGAUACCUCUGCAACACACAACACAUAUAUGUCUUUGACAUAAUGUCAAAACUGUUAUUUCUUCAUAUUCUGUUGCCAUAUUUAGUUGAUUUUUGAGAGACCCACAGCUCCUAGGUGCAGCCCUGCUUACAGGAUCCAGACAUGGACAAAAUUACUGCAUUCAGUUAAAAGUGACAAGUCAUAAAGGAAAAAAUAGCCUGCUGAAUUAAUGGACGAAAAAACGUUAUACAGAAAGACAGAAACACUAAUGUUUGCAGCAUUUUUAAACCAUCUGCACCCUUGAGUAUUAAAACCAGGUCUUCAAACAAGUAGCAGGUGGCCAGUUGAGCAUAACGGCAAUAAACUAAAUUUGUUGUUGCAUAUAAAUUCCGCUGCAUCGUUUUUGCAGGUUUCCAGACAGUGUGUUGUUUCCACUGUAUCCCUGAAGAACUCGAGGGAACAUCGCUAUGCAGAGUGUUUUUACAUCCUCAGUGUGAUGAAACAACAUUGAAUCAGUGGAAAGAAUGCUCAUUGUGCCCUGAUGAUGGCAGUGAUAAGCUUAUGCAGCUGUAGUUGCAGAGGCCACUGUCUGCACCGCUCCACCAGUAAUUCCCUCAAAGCAUCAGAAACUGUUGCUUCUAACUGUUAUGUCUUGUUUUUCUCACCUUCAUUCAUUCUAAUUGUUAAGUAAUGGGGAAAAUCGUGCAGAUAUUUUCACUUUACCUACAAAGGAAUAAAACUUCAUUGUGU